ACCUGAUGCCGCUUUACCUGAUACGGGACGACGGUUGCCAGUUACGCGUGGAUCUUGCAGCCUCGCGAGAGAGCCAGAGUCGCUGCGCUUCAACUUCAGCUGAGGUUACCGGUUGCAAAAGUCCAACCCAUCCCCUCGUUGCUCACCACCGUUCAGCUCGACAUUGACUAACUGCGGCCUUCUAAUCUCCUACCUGCUCGGACACCGCUUUCAUCCUUGCGUUCUCACCUUCAGCUCUCUCGCCAAAAUGGCGGACCGAUACUCCUUCUCACUUACGACGUUCUCGCCUAGCGGCAAGCUUGUUCAGAUAGAAUAUGCCCUCAAUGCAGUCAACCAAGGUGUUACCUCAUUAGGCAUUAAAGCGACCAAUGGCAUUGUCCUUGCGACCGAAAAGAAAUCCUCCUCUCCCCUGAUAGACGCACCCUCGUUGUCGAAAGUCUCACAUAUCACACCCAACAUUGGAAUGGUCUACAGCGGCAUGGGCCCCGAUUACCGAGUGCUUGUGGACAAAGCUCGCAAGGUGUCACAUACCAACUACAAGCGCAUCUACAAUGAGUACCCGCCGACUCGGAUAUUGGUGCAAGAUGUGGCGCGGGUAAUGCAAGAGGCGACGCAGUCCGGGGGUGUGCGACCAUACGGAGUGAGCUUGUUGAUCGCCGGAUGGGACGACGGCAUUGAACCCGAGACGACAGAGGCCAAAGAAGGCGAGACCGAGGCGGAAGCAAAAUUGGCCAGCAGGAAGACCGGCGGUAUCCUCAAGGGCGGACCGAGCUUAUAUCAGGUCGACCCUAGCGGGAGUUACUUUCCGUGGAAGGCUACGGCGAUUGGCAAGAGUGCGACGAGUGCAAAGACCUUUUUGGAGAAGAGAUACAAUGAUUCCCUUGAGCUGGAGGAUGCUAUCCACAUUGCGCUAUUGACGCUGAAGGAGACAAUCGAGGGUGAAAUGAAUGGUGAUACCGUGGAAAUCGGCAUUGUCGGCGAACCCGCGAACCAUUUACUGGGCUAUGAGGGGGUUGAGGGAGCCGUAGGCCCUCGGUUCCGGAAACUCACUAAGGAGGAAAUAGAGGACUACUUGACCAGUCUGUGAGCGGAGCCACGAGUUGAAAGAGGAACAUGGGAGUCAAAAGUGUUCUUUCAGCGGUGUCGUGGACUUUGCUGGUCAUUUGCUUCGCUGGGAAAUGUGGCAGGGCUGCUCUGUCGCGUCGAAAAGGAAGCCUUAUUUCCCAUUCCUGUCUUCUGCGAGUCACCCCUCAGCGAACCGAGCGCAACAGGCACCGAACUCGAACAUCCUAUUGAGUGAAUAGAGCAAGCGGGUGUUCUUGCGGUAUCCGACUUGUACCCAGAAUAUCAAGAUGAGGCGCUAUGGACAGGUGAAAUAUGGUGCCCGUUCUGUGCCAGAACUUGAGGACAUCCUUCAAAUAGGGCGAUGGAUUGCCUUCACCUCGCCCUGAAAUCCAUUUACUACCUCGUUGCCUUGCAGCAGCAUGCCCUUAGUGCUUCCAAUGGAACCUCGUCAUACGGCCCAAUCACGAACUUGCUUACAGAACUGGACAGAAUCAGUAUGAAAGUAAUCAAUUCUCAA